AUGGGUGUGCUCAACAAGACUGCCGCCACGGAGUUCCUACUGGCUGGAUUAACAGAAAGCCCCAAACUAAAAUGUAUUUUGUUCGUAUUCUUCUUCUGUAUUUACAUCCUGACUCUGUUUCAGAAUGCCGGACUUAUAGUACUCAUCAGCGUGGACAGGAAACUUUAUACCCCUAUGUAUAGUUUCUUGUGCCACUUAUCGUUCCUUGACAUCUGCUACUCGUCAUCGAUCACCAUAAGGAUGCUGAUGGACUUUGUCUCGCAUGGUAGGUCCAUAUCAGUAGCUGGAUGCGGACUUCAGAUGCUCUCUUAUACUGGAUUUGGAGUAACUGAGUGUUUUCUUCUGGCGGCAAUGUCCUACGACAGGUACGUGGCCAUAUGCCACCCACUGUCCUACCUACAGAUAAUGAGCAGGCAGGCCGUCCUGAUCCUACUCGUGUUCUCCUACGUAGGAGGUUUCCUCAAUGCCUUUGUGGAGACUGGCUUCUCACUCUUCCACCUUGACUUCUGUGAACAACGCCCGUACGUUCACCACUUCUUCUGUGAUGUCAUGGCCCUGAUUGAGAUUUCCUGUGGUGACACCAGACUCAACCAAAUGAUCCUCUUCUCCUUUGUCAGUUUUAUUGAGUUCUCGUCUCUGAUGGUGAUCCUGGCGUCUUAUUUGUGCAUCAUUGUAUCUGUCUUACGCAUUAGUUCUUCCACAGGCCGCAAGAAGGCCGUCUCUACCUGUGCUUCCCAUUUGACGGUGGUGACUUUAUUUUAUGGGACAGUCAUGUUUAUGUACCUCAGACCUUCAACGGCCUACAGCCCGGAGCAGGACAAAGUGAUAGCCGUGUUUUAUACUAUAAUCAUUCCUUUCCUGAAUCCUUUGAUAUACAGCCUGAGGAAUCGUGAUGUCAAAAGUUCUGCCAAAAAACUGAUAGUUUCCCUAAUAAAGUGA